AUGAAUAAACCCCAUUUUCCAGAUGGACACAUAUCAGAUUCAAAUGACCCCAGGAAACCUCCAGGGGAGAAAACUACUUUAAGCCUCCACAGUUCCAGGAUUUCUCUUUGUGCAACUUAUUUCCUCAUUUGCAUCUCCAUAUUACUUUUGCACCAUGCUGCAGUUGUCCUGGGCCAUCCCCAGUGCCUGGAUUAUGGUCCUCCUUUCCAGCCUCCAUUCCAUCUGGAGUUUUGCUCUGCCUAUGAAACAUUUGGCUGUUGUGAGCAAGAGAAGGACAACCACAUUGCUGCCAAAUACUGGGACAUCAUGGAUUACAUUGAUCCCCAAGCCCAAAAACUAUGUGGAGGAUUCAUCAAAGAUAUCUUGUGCCAGGAAUGCUCGCCCUAUGCGGCCCAUCUCUAUGAUGCCGAGAACCCCCAGACGCCCCUUCGAAACCUCCCUGGCCUUUGUUUUGACUAUUGCUCAGAAUUCCACCUCUACUGCCAUUCUGCAAUCACACUGCUUACAGAUGACAGGCACAUUCAAGAAUGGUGUGAGAAGAACAGGACCCAAUUCUGCAACAUCGUAAACAUUCAGGAUAAAGACUAUUGUUUUCCUGAUGUACUGAGGAACACUGACCUUAACAAUAAUCUGGGUGUUGUGGUGGCAGACAAGAAAGGUUGCCUUCAACUGUGCCUCAAAGAAGUGGCCAAUGGGCUGAGGAAUCCGGUGCUCAUGGUGCAUGCCAAUGACAAUACCCAUCGGAUGUUUGUAGCUGAACAAAUGGGCCUUGUGUGGGUUUACCUCCCAGAUGGAAGUAGAUUAGAAGAACCUUUUCUAGACAUUAAGCAAUUGGUGCUGACUACCCCUUGGGUUGGGGAUGAGAGGGGAUUCCUUGGGAUGGCUUUCCAUCCCCAAUACAAAGAAAACGGGAAAUUCUACAUCUAUUACUCCUACCAGGACAAGAAAAAGGUGGAAAAAAUCAGGAUUAGUGAACUGAUGGUUUCCACAGCUGAUGUCAACAAGGCCGAUAUAACCACAGAAAGGAAUCUCUUAGAGAUUAAACAACCAGCUGCAAAUCAUAAUGGUGGAGCGAUCCUGUUUGGACUAGACGGUUACUUGUAUCUGUUUACUGGAGAUGGAGGGAAAGCUGGGGACCCUUUUGGUAAAUUCGGAAAUGCUCAAAACAAGAGUAGCUUGUUAGGGAAAGUUUUACGGAUUGAUGUGGAAGGAAAAGGUCCCCAGGGGAGGCCCUACCGCAUUCCCCAUGACAAUCCAUUUUCCUUGGAUCCCAAAGCUCGCCCUGAAGUCUAUGCUUACGGUGUAAGGAACAUGUGGCGCUGCUCUGUGGAUCGUGGAGAUCCACUCAGUCACAGGGGAAAGGGACGAAUCUUCUGUGGAGAUGUCGGCCAGAACAGGUUUGAAGAAGUGGAUAUAAUUAUUAAAGGCGGGAACUAUGGUUGGAGAGCCAAGGAAGGGUUUGAGUGCUAUGAUACGAAACUGUGUCAAAACUCCUCAUUAGAGGAUGUACUUCCAAUAUUUGCUUAUGGACGUUCUGUAGGAAAAUCAGUCACUGGUGGAUAUGUUUAUCGAGGGUGUGAAUCUCCAAACCUCAAUGGUCUUUACAUUUUUGGCGACUUUAUGAAUGGUCAACUUAUGGCUUUACAGGAAGAUGAGAGAACAAAUACAUGGAAAAAACAAGAUAUUUGCAUUGGUAGCAUAAAAGCCUGUGCUUUUCCAGGGCUCGUGAGUUCAUACAGCAAAUUUAUCAUCUCUUUUGCAGAGGAUGAAGCAGGUGAACUUUAUUUUAUGGCUACAUCUUAUCCAAGUGCCUAUGCUCCAAGUGGCUCUAUUUACAAAUUUGUGGAUCCAGCAAGGAGAGCUCCACCAGGAAAAUGUAAACAGAAGCCAGUUCCAGUGAAAACAAAGAGCAAGCGGAUUCCAUUUGUUCCAACUGCAAAGACUGUGCCUGAACUGAUCAAAGAGCGCCUUACAACCCAGUCUUCCAAAACAAUUGUCCGUUCUAAAGAACGUCUCCCUGCUUCUUCUGGCCAGAAACGGAAGAAGCCUGCAUCUGACAGAAAACAUGGCUCAGCAGAUCCUACACGUUCUGGUAAAAAGCUGCCAACAGCACAGCGUCCCAAAGGCCGGGAUGCCCAAGCCAAAUCUGAUGGGCGAACACAAAAAGAGAAAGCACCAGUCAUCUCUGGAGCAAGAACUUCGCCCCCCCAGAAGAGAAGAUCACAAUUACCUGGAGCCCUGAAGAAACUUUCACAGUCUCCAAAGGUGAAAUCAGCAGCUAAGGAGAAAACAUCAAAGAAGGGAAAGAAGAAGAAAGAAAGGGUCAGUGCAAGAAGUUCUGUUUGAACAUCCAAAAUGCUCCCAAGAAUCAAGUGAAGGGAAUCUGGAUGGGAUUGCCAAGUGACUCAUUUUACUUCCAAGAAAGUG